AUGGAUAGCGCGAUUAACCCUAUUUUUUUUAUCCAACAAUCCGUUCAACAAGAAGUACAAAGUACUUCAAGUAGUGAUUUUCAAACACCACCUCUAACUCUCUCAAGAAGUUCUUCGCCAUUUUCGUUUGAUUCAACUAGAGCGAGAUAUAAUAAUGAUGAUUAUAUUCAAGUUCUUCAAUUUAAAAUUCAAUUAGAAUUUGUAAAGAAACCACCUGUUUGGCGUCGUAUCCAGGUCCCGUAUGAGUAUACAUUUUUUCAAUUUCAUUUAGCGAUUCAAUGUUGUAUGGGUUGGUGUAAUUGUCAUAUGCAUGUAUUUCGCGCCCAAGAAGGUUUUGAAAUUGGCAAUCCCCGUAUGAACGAAGAUUUUUCCGAUUUGCCACAAGUACGAGUACAAGAAGAAAAGACAACUUUACUUAGAGAUUAUUUUCAUAGUAGGGAACAGAAAAUGAUAUAUGAGUACGAUUUUGGAGAUUCAUGGGAACAUAUUAUUACAUAUGAAGGCACAUUUGAUCGUAAAGCAAGAACUCAAUACCCAAAGUGUUUAAAAGGUAGAGGUAAGUGUCCACCUGAAGAUAUCGGUGGUUACGUAGGUUUUAAGAAUUUUAAAGAAAUUAUGAGUGAUAAAAAUCAUCCUGAACAUGAACAUUUUUAUGAUUGGUACGGUGGUAAAGAUUUUAAUCCUGAUGAAUUUGAUAGAAGUUCUGCUUUCGAUGGUUUAGAAAAUAUAAAUGAUUUUAGAGAUGUGAGUGAUUAUCAAUUUUAG